AUUUCCAUUUGAUUUCUAUUGUGAACCUUCUCUUUUUGUAAUUGAAACCGUAUCGAUACAAGUACUUGCUUACCUCUCUGUUAAUCGCUUUCAUUAGAAACCAAAAAGAAUUUCAGAUGAGAUAACCGAAACCUGCUUAUUCUUAUUUCCUGAAAAAUCAAAAAGGGGCAACGUUGUUUUAGUUCUUACAACAGAAAUUAUAACGUCACUGAAUAGUUGUACAGAAUGCAGCGUGUAAUUAAACUAAAUCUAAUCAACGAAACUAGUUCUGUUUUUCGGCGGUCUUUAUCCAUCGGUCGAACAGCUAGUUACCAAUCUUUCAAUGUGCAGGAUCAAGAAGAUUUCCAGAAAAGAGUUUUAAACGCUUCCACGCCAGUCCUAGUUGACUUUCACGCCAGAUGGUGUGGACCAUGCAAGACACUAGGACCUAGGCUGGAAGCCUUGGCUGUUGAAAAGUUAGAUAAAUUUCACCUUGCCAAGGUUGACAUUGAUAACGUCCCAGAGCUGGCUGAAGAAUAUAACGUCACAGCUGUACCAUCAGUCAUUGCAAUUAAGGGAGGGAAAGUAGAAGGAUCAUUUGUUGGAGUUUUGGAUGAUGACAAACUCAGAGCAUUUGUCAACAAAUUGAUUGGAGAAUGAUCUUUGCUUCUUUUGUAUGAUGUAGGGGGAAAUUACACAGUUUGUAUGUCAAA